AUGGUGCUGGUGCUGCUGGUGGCCAUCCCGCUGCUGGUGCACAGUUCCAAGGCCACCUCGCAGUACGAAAUGAUGGGCAGCUGCCGCAUGGUCUGCGACCCCUACACGCCCCAGACCCACGGGGCGGCCUCCGCUGAAGCCAGCCAGGAGCUGGCCGUCAUCUCCCCGCCCCCGUUCCUGCCGGGGGGCAAAGGGGACCAAGGGAGGAAGGGCAAGUCUGGGAUCCGGGGGCUGCCAGGCCCCCCAGGGCCGCCAGGGCCACGCGGUCCGGCUGGAGAGCCGGGCAGACCGGGGCCGCCGGGGCCAGGGCCGGGGGGAUACAUCCCGUCCUUCUACAGCCCCAAGAUCGCCUUCUAUGCCGGGCUCCGGAAGCCCCACGAGGGCUACGAGGUGCUGCGCUUCGACGACGUGGUGACCAACGUGGGGAACUACUAUGAGCCGUCCAGCGGGAAGUUCACCUGCCCCCUGCCCGGCAUCUACUUCUUCACCUACCACGUGCUGAUGCGCGGCGGCGACGGCACCAGCAUGUGGGCCGACCUCAUGAAGAACGGGCAGGUGCGGGCCAGCGCCAUCGCCCAGGACGCCGACCAGAACUACGACUAUGCCAGCAACAGCGUCAUCCUGCACCUGGACGUGGGUGACGAGGUUUUCGUCAAGCUGGACGGGGGGAAGGUGCACGGGGGGAACACCAACAAAUACAGCACGUUCUCCGGCUUCAUCAUCUACCCGGACUGA